CAGUUAUAGCUGACUCCUGAGUAGAAUCGUGUGUUAGAAAAUGGAUAUUUCGCAGCAAUUUCCAUCUAUUCCUUGGUGCAAACCAGAUUGGAGCUACCCGAGUAUGGAUAAGGAUAUGAAUGAAUUAUUACGACAGUGCAUUGAUAUCCCGAUCUUUGAACCGACUGAUGACAUCAAUGUAAUCACAGAAAAAAGCAAACAGUUCCCAAUACCGUUCCCUAUUGAGACGAUGAGACUAGCAACACUAAGAGAAAGAAGGCCAAUAGAACGAUUAAAGAGUAACAUAGUAUCAACAUAUCCCGUUGUCCACGAAAGAGUUCUGCUAUUGAUGACACGUUUUCUUAUUUAUAAAAGAGAGUUUGGUUCACCAGUAGAGAAGGACUUGUACACAAAUAUGUCUAUCCCGGAGUUUGUCGAUAGAUUGUUAAAGAAGCGAGCCAUUUCAUUUUUCAGCAGAUUGGAUUCCUAUACACUACUUACUGGUGAAACUGGCGAUGAUGGGUGGGAACAAGUAGGUACAUCACAAGAAAUAGAACCAUUAAAACUGGACAAUUGCCUGAGCUACGAUGAGAUGAAGCUGUCAGCUAUGUUAUAUAUCAGUGGACACACUGAAUGUAUCAAUGAUGGGAGUAGACGCAAUGUUGGAGUCGUUGAUGAAGGAAAUAUUGAGGAGAAUGCUGUUAUUAUUGGUCUAAUUGGUCCUCGCUUCGUGCGAAUCGGACGCAUGGACUACGAAGACAUACUCAUAACAGUAAAACAGAACACCAUAAGUAAUGGUUACGGUGAGGAAGUUACAUCGGAAUCAUGUUUGGAUGUACUGACUAAAUAUUUUAGCAAUAACCAAACAGCGAAACAUAUGUGGAGGCAGAUUUGGGCCGAAUUCUAUCAAGUACACAGCCACAUAUAUAAAGAAUUAAACUCACAUGUACCGGACAGUUCCGAAGACAAACAUCUACAACACUAUGUUAGGCUUCCUUCGGUCAUGAUCUUCGAUAACGAGGUGUAUUACAAGCGUGUAAGUGUGUUAGCUGAAUCAGCGCUCAUAGAAGGAGACGCGAGGGGCAGGGAGGCGGGGAGAGAUGUGUUUCUCAAUGUCAUUGGAUGUGGUCUAGGCGAUUGGUUGAUAAGUUACCACCAAAAUGAUGUUUAUGUGCUAACUUUUUUGGAACGAAUCCGUGCUCUGUUAAAGCGGGAUUUGCUAAAGCACGUUUCUGAUGUCAACUUUUCCUAUAUUACACCUGUUAAGGUGGUAAUGGAUAUAUUUACAAACAGGACAGACUCAGAAAAAUUGUCGGAAGAGAAACGAAUAUUCAUUGAAUGUAAAAACCAUCCCAGGGGUGGUAUUAACGUGCAAAUAGAGAGACGGGAGCCAUCGGCCAAAUUAAUUGGCGAACAUGCCGGGAAACUAUUAGUUCUGACAUAUCCUUGGGAUAGUAACGCCCAUCCUGGAAAUGACUUCUGGAUGGGCAGCUUAAAAAGUUCUGGUGACCCGGCUGCGGCUUGUUCGACUCAAGUUGCCGAGUUACAUAACGCCCAUAUCAACCCGGCUGUUAGUGGAUAUAACUUGCGAGUUAUAGGACGAAAUGGCCUUAAAACUCUGUCUGAAUACUGCUUAACCUUGACGUCCAGUUCUGUUGAUGUUGAUGCUGAGAUAUAAACACUAAAGUUUAAUGUGUAGUGUGUGUGUGAAACCUAUACUUGAUUGACGUCACACAAUGGGUUCACUGAAAAUCAGUGUUGUGCUCAUAAUGAAUGUAUUUAUGGACACAACUAUAACUGAGUGGACUCCAGUUUUGGAAGACCAGUGCCACAUUUAGUAUUGCUUUUUUUUCUUUUGUAUAUAGUAAGUUAAGUAUUAAGAUUAAGCAAAUAUUUUGUUUUCAUUAACUUUUUUUAUGUGAAUGUGUCAGUUUUUCUUCCAUAAUAAAUUAUUUUCAUUUCAUUUCAUCUUGGGUGUUGAACGAGACUCAGCCGACACGCCCGCUAAGUAACACUAAUUAGGGUAAAGUCGGCUCAAGACUAAGGCUGAAAUUUAUAAAGCGUACUUAGACUGUGCUCAGACCAUACUUACGUAAAACUUAGCCGAGUGUAAGCUUAGCAUAACCUUUGAUUUCUUUUUUAUAGUCGUUUUAUUUGACAACUGACAUUAUACUGAGCUUAGGCUAAGACAGCCCAAUGCAAAAGUCAAGUUCGCAUUUUAUCACACUUAGCUAUAAGAGACGUGCAGUCAUUGAUAUAAAAGGCAAAAAAGGCAUUUAUUUUCUCAAAAUUGAUUCCUUUAGAAUCCUUUUUGAUGUCAUUUCUAAUAUACUAGAUACUACUACCGCUUCGGAAACAAAUGGCGCUCUGAGAGACAAGAAGCGGCGCAAGAAACUCUCCCAGCAUUUUUUUUUUGCGCGCUUUUCAAUAAAAAUAGACAAUAUUGUACAGUCAUUUCUAUCGCUAUAAAAUAAUCAUAAUCUAGUCCUAGGCUGUCCGAUCAUGUAGAUUCAGCUGUGGAGUAGUAGGAUUUAAGACAGAGCCAUUUUUAAUAAAAUAUUUAAAUUUAUUUAUAGAUAAUGCCUGAACAGUGGCUGAGACUUAUAAAAGUAUAUACAUUUACCCUUAAAGCUAUUAUGUAUCUUAUGUAACCUACUAGAUUUAGUUACAAGCAAUCCCUUAUUUCUAGUGUUAUAAUAAUGAAAAUCACUAUUAAGAGCAAAAAGGUGACGAUUUUUGUGAACGUAUAUUAAAUUUUCAUAAAAAUACUGACAAUGAACAGUCAUAAUAUUUAUUUCAGUCAGAAUGUCUAUAACCAAGCUGAUAUAUAUCACGAACAGCUCUCUUUUGCAGAGCAAACACUAUAUCAAUGUCAGCAGCAUGACCCUAUUAUGACAUGACCCUAUAUUGACAGAUUAGCGUUAUAAUCUUGUAAAAAACAGAGAUAGCCGAAAUCCACUACGGUUUAAGCAACUGUUCGCUUUCAAACUUAGCUGAAUUAUACUUCCUCGCCAUAGUAUUGUCAUCACUAUUACAAACUUAUGUCAAAUACACUGCAAGUUUCAUACUAAACUAAAUUUCAAUUUUAACUCUAAGCAGGUCCGCCUCUUAUUACCUAGGUACCUAGUAUUUACAUCCUCUUUGGAUUCGACAUUCAGGAUAUUUUUAAAUAUAGGUAACGUUUUCAUUUAAAGUCAACAUAAUUCAUAUUUUUAGGGUUCCGUAGCCAAAUGACAAAAAACGGAACCCUUAUAGAUUCGUCAUGUCUGUUUGCCUGUCUAUCCGUCCGUAUGUGACAGCUACUUUUUUCCGAAACUAUAAGAACUACACUGUUGACACUUGGUAUGUAGAUGUAUUCUGUGAACCGCAUAAAGAUUUUCACACAAAAUAGAAAAAAAACAAUAAAUUGUAGGGGUUCCCUAUACUUAGAACUGAAACUCAAAAAUGUUUUUUCAUCAAACCCAUACCAAUCUAUGGAUAGGUGUUCAAAAAUGAUAUUGAGGUGUGAUUUUUUUCUAAACUAAAUAGUUUUUAAAAUUUACAUUUUGUUUAGUUCACUUAUUACGUAAGUUUUGUAGUAAAAUAUAAUGGCAUACUUUAUCGAAGGCACCACUGAAAUCUGUGUAUUUUGUCACUUUUUGUCAACAUUUUCAAUAAGAUCGGUCAGAAAACUUAAAAUCAUCGUAUUGCGGCGUGGUUAUUUGUCAAAUCACAUGAAAAUUGUCCUUCUUAUUUUUAAAUAAGUAUAUUAAUAGAAAGAGAAAAAAUACCUUAUUUAUUAUAAUAAUUUCCGUCCUAUAUGUACAUUUAUAUUAUGUUUCUAUGUAAUUAUAAAUAACGUGCUAAAUUCAGUUAUAUUUUAAAUAUAAUAAAAUAAAUAAAAUAAAAAAUAAAUAAAAUAUAAUAAAAUAAAAAUUAA